AGACUACUGCUACUUACAGCACCGUACAGCAGCCCUGCUCUUACCCUGCACUGCCUUACUCUGCCCUGGAUGCACUGGAGUGGGGAUGGUCCAGCAGUAGCUCAACUGAUUCCCAUCUGGAAACUGCACAUUCUCUCACCACCACUUCAAAAGUCUCUUCAGGCAGAGGUGACGCCAGGAGAUUAUUUAAAGGUGAAAAUGACAAGGUUUCUACCGCUCAAACCCUGGCUCCUUUUCUGACAACAGUCUGAAUGAACCUGAUGUCUUCUUUACCGUGGAAAUAGGACUGGAAGAGGAAAACAUACUCAUUUUUAAAAUCUUGAUAAAGAAAAUUGUUGGGAAUCUAGCUUUUUUUUUUUUUUAAUCUGAAAUUGUGACACAGAUGGAUUUUAAAAAGUGUUAGAUCUUUCCAAUGAACACUACUAGAGUACUCUUCUUUUGGCUGGAUUUUUCAGAGGAUGGCCAUGGUGUCGGCGAUGUCGUGGGUCCUGUACUUGUGGAUAAGUGCUUGCGCGAUGCUGCUCUGCCAAGGGUCUCUCCAGCACACGUUCCAGCAGCACCACCUGCACAGACCAGAAGGAGGGACGUGUGAGGUGAUUGCUGCACACAGAUGCUGCAACAAGAACCGCAUUGAAGAGCGGUCGCAAACAGUGAAGUGUUCCUGUCUCCCUGGGAAAGUGGCGGGAACCACGAGAAACAGACCUUCCUGUGUGGAUGCCUCCAUAGUGAUUGGGAAAUGGUGGUGUGAGAUGGAGCCUUGUCUAGAGGGAGAAGAAUGUAAGACACUCCCUGACAAUUCCGGAUGGAUGUGCGCUACAGGCAACAAAAUUAAGACCACACGAAUUCACCCAAGAACCUAACAGAAGCUUUUGUGGUAACAAAGGAAAACCAACCUUGUGGAAAACACACUUUGAGAAUUUCAAACAUCCUACUCACUUACAAACCAAAUGGAUUUCUUAUUUGCACUUUGACUGGUUACUAGAUAAUCAUAGUGCAUUUACUGUGUGUGAUGAAGCAUUUGUUAAUGAGAACACUGGCAACUUGGAGUUUCUGGAAAGUGGAUUUUCACAAAGGGUUUUCUUGAUGAACACUUUUGGGCAUCAUGAAGAAGGAUCAACUGUCUUCUAAUUUGGAUCUACAGUUACUUUGUACCAUUUGAAAUAUAUGUGUAUAUAUAAUAUUUUGAGAUAUUAUAUAUUCUCUUCGAAAAUGAACAGUAUCACAGUUUGAAAUGGCUGGUGUUAUCUCUUUGAGUUUUGGAUGUCUUAUCUGUUUUGGUUGGGUUUUGUCAUUUUUUUUUUCUCUCUGCAAGGAAGAUAUGUGCACUUUUGGGAAUUCAACAUGGCACUGCCACUGGAAAGCCAGCUACAAGUGGACUCCUGGAAUUUGAGGCAUCGUAAUGAUACUGAAUCAAGAGCUUCCUUCAGUUUCUACUCCAUGGCCCCAGGAAGCACAUCAUCCUGUUUUAUUGCUUUCUACCCUGUGCAAUAUUAGCAUGCAAGCUUGGCUUACAUAACCAUACUUUAUAUUCAAUUGAUAUAUAAUAGCCGUUCUAACCUCUUCCAGGAAAAUAUUUUUAGAACUACUAGCUUUUCCACAUUUAAGAAAAUGAGGAUUCUAAAGGGAACUGCUCCACCAUACUAUUGAGACUCUUCAGAGCUGUGAUAGGAUGUAGAUCCCUUAUUAGUUCUGUAAAUACAAUGUCUUCAGGCUAUGUAUAGCUGUCUUAGACUGCAGAAAUGUCCUCUAACUAAACCCAAAGUCUGGCAUCGUUAACUUACAUAGUGCUGUAGCAACAAGUCUUAUCAUGGCAUCUCUUUCUAUGUUUGAUUUGCUUUUUCCUAGAGAAUUCAGAUCUCUUCUGGUGAGAUAGGAAGGCUUGAAAGCAAUGAGGUUUUAGGAUGCUCUAUGUGACCCAAUGUUGGACAGCCCUAUUAAAGUGGUAAAUAACUUCUUU